UGACCGCAUACAGGAAGCGACUCAUUUUACCUGUCCAGAACCUUGCACCAACGUUGUCUUCGGGCGUUUUCUUCUUUGUCCAAAAUUCUUCCACCAACCCCUUCUUUUUUCUUGGAUUCUUUUUUCAAAGUUCCCAAGCCUGAAUCUUUGCUCCAUUCUUAUGAUCAUCGACGUAUCUUUUUCUUGAAUAUAGUAUCUAGCAUCUUGUAAAUUCACGUACUCCAGGCCUUGUGAGUAUCCAUUUCCUUUGAUUCUCUUGGAAGGUGUAGGAUCUUUGGGUUCCCUUUCUCGAAGCAUUUUUCUCGGAAUAGUCAUUCGAGCUUUUUGAAUAUUCUCAAGCAAGUUUGUAGCCGAAGAAACCUUCUGUGAUGAUCAUUGAUAUCGUUUUGGUCAAUCUGGACCCAGAAAAUGUUGGGGAAUGAGUGAUAUAUGCACACAUAUAUAGAUAUCAGUUGUAAUAUUAUCCUCUAAGAGCGCUUGAAGGGGUCGUUGGAAUUGGAAAAAAUGGAGCAGAAGCACGUUUUGUUGUCGGCUUUGAGCGUUGGGGUUGGACUUGGGGUGGGGCUGGGCUUAAGCUCUGGACAGACAGUGAGCAAAUGGGUCGGCGGGAAUUGGCCGCUGGACGAGAUUUCAGCGGAGCAGAUUGAGCAAGAGCUUAUGAGGCAGGUGGUGGAUGGGAAAGAAAGCAAAGUCACAUUUGAUGAGUUUCCUUAUUACCUAAGUGAGAGAACCCGGGUGUUAUUGACAAGUGCUGCAUACGUUCAUUUAAAGCAUAUAGACUUUUCCAAACAUACACGGAACCUUUCACCUGCAAGUAGGGCUAUUUUGCUCUCAGGACCUGCCGAAUUUUACCAGCAAAUGCUAGCCAAGGCUUUAGCACAUCACUUUGAGUCAAAGUUGCUGUUGCUUGAUGUCAGUGACUUUUCUCUAAAGAUGCAGAGCAAAUAUGGUUGUGCCAGAAAAGAACCUUCUUUCAAGAGGUCCAUUUCGGAAAUAACAUUGGAGCGAAUGUCCAGUUUGUUUGGUUCCUUUUCAAUCCUUCCUCCAAGGGGGGAAACUAAAGGCACAUUGCAGCGGCAAAGCAGUGCUAUGGAUAUUAAAUCAAGGGCUAUUGAAGGGUCUAGUAAUCCUUCAAAAAUUCGGAGGAAUGCCUCUGCUAUGUCUGAUAUGAGUAGCAUCAGUUCUCAAGGUGCUCCAACAAAUCCAGCUCCACUCAAGCGCACAAGUAGCUGGUGCUUUGAUGAAAAGCUUUUUCUACAGUCACUUUACAAGGUCUUAGUUUCAAUGUCAGAAACUGGUUCCAUUAUUUUAUACCUCAGGGACGUUGAACAUCUUUUAAUCCCAUCACAAAGGUUGUACAAUUUGUUCAACAAAUUGUUAAAGAAACUCUCGGGCUCAGUGCUGAUACUCGGUUCCCGGAUGUUGGACCCAGAAGAUGGUUGUAGAGAAGUGGAUGAGAGACUCACACUUUUAUUCCCAUACAAUAUUGAGAUUAAACCCCCUGAAGAUGAGACUCAUCUUGUCAGCUGGAAAGCCCAACUGGAAGAGGAUAUGAAGAUGAUCCAGUUUCAAGAUAACAAAAACCACAUUGCCGAAGUACUAGCAGCAAAUGAUCUUGAAUGCGAUGAUUUGGGUUCAAUCUGCCAUGCUGACACAAUGGUUCUCAGUAACUACAUAGAAGAAAUUGUGGUAUCAGCAAUAUCUUAUCAUUUGAUGAAUAACAAGGAUCCAGAAUACCGAAAUGGAAAGCUUGUUAUAUCAUCUAAGAGCUUGUCCCAUGGAUUGAGCAUAUUUCAGGAGGGCACAAGUGGUGGAAAAGACACUCUUAAAAUGGAGACUAAUGCUGAAUCUUCAAAGGAAACUGAAGGGGAAGAGGCUGUUGGUGCAAAGACUGAAUCGAAGUCUGAAACCCCUGGACCUGAGAACAAAAAUGAGACUGAGAAAUCAGUCCCUGGGAUGAAGAAGGAUGGUGAGAAUGCACCAGCACCAAAGCCGGAAGUUCCUCCCGACAAUGAGUUUGAGAAGCGCAUAAGGUCUGAGGUUAUCCCUGCCAAUGAGAUCGGAGUGACAUUUGCAGAUAUCGGUGCCUUGAAUGAGAUUAAAGAAUCACUUCAGGAGUUGGUCAUGCUCCCUCUUCGAAGACCAGACCUUUUCAAAGGAGGCCUUCUCAAACCUUGCAGAGGUAUAUUACUUUUCGGGCCUCCUGGAACUGGAAAAACAAUGCUGGCAAAAGCUAUUGCUAAUGAAGCUGGUGCAAGUUUCAUCAAUGUCUCAAUGUCCACUAUCACUUCAAAAUGGUUCGGGGAGGAUGAAAAGAAUGUUCGAGCUUUAUUCACACUUGCAGCAAAGGUGUCCCCAACAAUUAUUUUUGUAGAUGAGGUUGACAGCAUGCUUGGGCAGAGGACUAGAGUUGGGGAACAUGAGGCCAUGCGCAAGAUUAAAAAUGAAUUCAUGAUGCACUGGGAUGGGCUGUUGACAAAACCUGGUGAGCGGAUCCUUGUUCUUGCUGCAACCAACAGGCCAUUUGACCUUGAUGAAGCAAUUAUUAGGCGGUUUGAGCGAAGAAUUAUGGUUGGUCUUCCAUCCAUUGAGAGCAGGGAAAUGAUCUUGAGGACUCUUCUGGCAAAAGAAAAAGUUGAAAAUCUAGACUUUAAGGAGCUUGCAACCAUGACAGAAGGAUAUAGUGGUAGCGAUCUAAAGAAUUUGUGCAUAACUGCAGCUUAUCGACCUGUUAGGGAGUUAAUACAGCAGGAGAGAUUGAAGGAUACGGAGAAGAAGCAUAAAGAUGCAGAAGGCAAGAGCUCAGAAGGUACUUCAGAGACAAAGGAAGAAGAUGAAAAGGACCGAGUAAUUACCUUGAGGCCUUUGGACAUGGAAGAUAUGAGGCAGGCGAAGAAUCAGGUUGCUGCAAGUUUUGCUUCGGAGGGAUCAAUUAUGAGUGAGCUGAAGCAGUGGAACGACCUGUAUGGGGAAGGAGGUUCAAGGAAGAAGCAACAACUAACUUACUUUCUAUAGAUUCUGGAAAGCAGGUUUCGCAUACUCUCAUCAGCACCAUCCCUUGUGAAUAGUUUUACAGGUUAGGGCUAGCUGAAAAAGCCUUGCGCCUGAAAUUCAAUGUUGCGUUGAACGGGAAGUUCUAAUCAUCAAGGAAAGAUAUCCUAAAAAUCCCAGGAAAGUUUACUUGAAGGUGCACUAUUGUAUCUUACAGAUCUAUCUGGCAUUUGUAAAUCAUGUUUGAGAGAGUGGAUUCUUGGAAUCUGUUAGGCCAUUUUAUAUAAACAUUUGGCACCAGUCAUUGGGAUUCCAUCAUAUUCUGUGAAUGCUUGGUAUUUGAAAAUGCAUAUAGUUUUUGGGAAAGUGAGGAACUUGUACUGUAUUUGUUUAUAUAUGUGGUACCUACAAAUAACAUCCU